AUGUUCCAAUGGCAGCUAUUUGACUUUGCCAUAAACCACCGCGGCCAGUACCAAAACAGCAUUCCUGUCGCCGGAAAAUUUUACUCAAGCAGUGGCUACGAGGACGAACUGUUGUGGGCAGCCUCAUGGUUACACAGAGCUACUAGGGAGAAUACAUACGCUGAUUAUGUCUAUCAAAAUGGAAAUUCAGGAGGCACCAGAACCAUGUUCUCUUGGGACGACAAGUAUGUUGGGGCCCAAAUACUUAUGGCAAAGAACUCUCUCAAUGGAAAAUAUGACGAAUAUGGGAAUUUCGCAGAGUAUAAAAACCAAGCCGAGCAAUACAUCUGCAACUGCAUCGGAAAAGGAAGUAACAAUGUGCAAAGGACCCCAUCUGGGCUACUGUGGUGGCAGCCAUGGAAUAACCUUCAGUAUGUCUCCACCGCAGUGUUCGUGACAACCACUUAUGCCGAUUACCUCGGUGCCUCAAGUUCUACUCUCCAUUGCCAAGUUGGUGAAGUUUCACCCCACAAUCUGAUUAACUUUGUCCGAUCACAGGUGGAUCACAUACUGGGCUCAAACCCAAAGGGCAUGAGCUACAUGGUAGGGUUCGGACAAAACUAUCCAAGGAAGGUUCAUCACAGAGGGGCAUCAAUCGUGUCCAUCAAUCAAGACAGCAGCCCAGUGAGUUGCAAAGGAGGUUAUGAAGUUUGGUUCAACAAGGAGGCACCAAACCCCAAUGUCUUGGAGGGAGCAAUUGUUGGAGGACCUGAUCAAGGUGACAACUUCUCCGAUUCCAGGAGUAACUACCAGCAAGCCGAGCCCGCGACGGCAAAUUCUGCACCGCUGGACGAACUGUUGUGGGCAGCCUCAUGGUUACACAGAGCUACUAGGGAGAAUACAUACGCUGAUUAUGUCUAUCAAAAUGGAAAUUCAGGAGGCACCAGAACCAUGUUCUCUUGGGACGACAAGUAUGUUGGGGCCCAAAUACUUAUGGCAAAGACAUUAAUUGUCACAAGUUCUUUCUACCAUAAAACAGUUCAUUAUGACCACAAGCUGAUGCAUAUCAAAGCCAAGAGGGAACUAAAGGAAUUCAAAGGUUUCAGAGGUCGGUAUAACCAUACAACAUGUGAGUACGUACACGAGCCAUGGGCCUUUCAUGUUGAAUGA